GGCCGUUGUGGCGUCGCGUUCUGCAAAACUGUCUGUCCGCCGGUUUUCUCGACGCUCUGCCGUGUGCUUUUCAUCGAAUAUCGGGUAUUUCUUUCCAAGAUGCCAGUGAAACAAGUGACCGACGAUGCGCGUUUUCAAGCCGAACUGUCCAACUCUGGAGCCAGCCUUGUCAUAGUGGAUUUUACGGCGAGUUGGUGUGGACCCUGUCAAAGGAUGGCACCGGUGUUCGAGUCCCUAAGCAACAAGUACACGCAGGCAGUGUUCUUGAAGGUGGACAUUGACCAAUGUCAAGACAUCGCCGCUGCCCACGGCGUAAGCGCCGUGCCGACGUUCAUUUUCUUCCGGGCCAAGGCGAAGCUGACCACCAUGCGAGGCGCCGAUCCGAACACCCUCGAAGCCAAGAUUCAGGAACUUCUCAGUUCCGAGCCUCCGGAGGGAGCUGCCACCGAAAAAGUGCAGGGCCAUGCAACACGAACAGAAUGUCUACUGCAUAAGUACGAGCCAUGUUUGUCUUACAGUUCAAACAAGCGUUCAUUUGUUUUUGUCACCAGGUUCUUGCUAAUUUCACUUUAUAUUAUUUUAUCGCAGCUCAUAAUUUCUCUGGGAUUCACACAGCCCGUGAAGCUCCACUCUAUCAAAUUCCAAGCACCUAGCUCCCAGGGUCCCAAAACCGUGAAGUUGUUCAUCAACCAGCCCACGACUCUGGGAUUUGACGAUGCAACUGGAAUGGAGCCUGUGCAGACACUUGUGCUCAACGGCAAGGAAGUUGAAGAGGGAGCAGUCACGCCUCUCCGUUUCGUGAAGUUCCAGAAUGUGCAGAACCUGCAGCUCUUUGUCAAGGAUAACCAGACGGGAACCGAAACCACGCGCAUCAACCAACUGGUGAUCUUUGGCAGCCCGAUCAGUGCCACGAACAUGGGCGACUUCAAGAGGGUGGCUGGAAAGAAAGGAGAAAGUCAUUAGGGAAUAAGAAGAGCAUGCCUUACACAGGAGUGGCCUUGUGAUCUACUGUUUUUUUUUUUUUUAGUAGGCAAUUUUCAAGGGGCUCGAAAUUGUUAACCAGAGCAAGAUAUUCAGGCAUGGCAUCAACUCGGGGAAGGGUGCCACAGAAACUCAAUCUGAUGCUGUUGUACAUUUGAGGCUAAAAUAAAGCAUUUUUCAGGCCUA